GAGUUGGUUUGAUGGACAUAUUGAAAAUGGCAUUAGGCCAAAGAUAAAAACUGGUGAAGAAGAUUCCUAUGAAGUUGAUCAAAUUGCAAAUGAUUGGGGCAAAAGUGGUAAGUGAAAGAGAAAGAAGAACAUGACUCAAUCCAAUGUAACGUGGAAGAAAAAGUCAAUAUUUUUCAGGCUACCAUAUUGGAAGACUUUACUUAUACGGCAUAAUUUGGAUGUGAUGCACGUGGAAAAGAAUAUUUGUGAGAGCAUCAUUAGUACACUUUUGAAUGUGAAAGGAAAAUCGAAAGAUGGUAUUAACUGUCGUAAGGACUUGGAAGCUAUGAACAUUAGGCAUGAUCUACAUCCUGAGAGUAGAGGAAAUAAAGUUUACUUACCUGCAGCUCCUCACACUUUAUCAAAAACAGAAAAAGAAAUAUUUUGCAAAAGGCUUGCUAACUUGAGAUUACCGGAUGGUUAUGGUUCUAAUAUUGAAAAUUGCAUUUCAGUGGAAGAAUGUAAGAUAGUUGGACUCAAGUCUCAUGAUUGUCACCUUUUAAUGCAAUAAU